UUGAUUUUUUUUUUCGUUUUUCUCUCUGUGGGUCUUUCUUUCUCUCUCAGAUUCUCUCUGCAAGCAAAAAAGAAUUCUCAAUUUCUAGGGUUUUUCAUCCCAAUUUCAGAGGCCGAAUUCUCCAAUUCGCUUAACGCUUCCUAUUUCUUUACAGGAAUUCUUACAAUUGGAGACAAAAUUAAGGGCUUAAGAUGGUACUUCAUUGCCUGGGGUAACUCUAUAGAUAGUGGAGGGAAGGGGAAAGUGUGGAAGGGUGGGACCUUACUCAUAUAAGGAUUAUUGCAGGAUAUGUGAAAACUUUUGAAGCAGCAGGAUGAGCAAUGAUGUUUUUGAUGUACAGAUAUUAAAUGAGAAGUUGUCAAAACUCAAUAACUCACAACAGAGCAUUGAAUCUUUAUCACGCUGGUGUAUCUUGCACCGGAAGAAAGCAAGGCAGAUUGUUGAAACAUGGGAUAAAUUGUUCGACUCUUCCCAGAGAGAGCAGCGUGUCUCUUUUCUAUAUUUGGCUAAUGACAUCUUGCAAAAUAGCAGGCGGAAGGGUAGUGAAUUUGUGAAUGAAUUCUGGAAAGUUCUUCCUGGAUCCCUUAAACAAGUUUAUGAAAAUGGGGAUGAACAUGGGAAGAAAGUGGUGACUAGACUGGUUGACAUAUGGGAGGAAAGAAAAGUUUUUGGUUCUCGUGGCCAGGGUCUUAAAGAUGAAAUGCUUGGUAAGAAUCCUCCUCCUCUGUUAGCAAGCAACGGAAAGAGCUCAAAUUCUAUCAAGAUAAUGAAAAGGGAUGCACACACAGUAAGAAUUAAAUUGGCUGUUGGAGGUCUACCAGAGAAGAUUCUAACUGCAUUUCAAUCAGUAACUGAUGAACAUCUUGAUGAAGAAGCUGCUUUAAACGAGUCUACUGCUGCUCUUUCUCAAGUUGGUAAAAUUAGGGAAGAAAUGGAAAAUGGUUCAACUCAAGGAAAUCAGCAAGGCAGUUCAUUUGUGGAGGAGUUACAAGUGCAGGAAAAUGUUCUCCAGCAGUGUGUUGGGAAACUUGAAAGUGCUGAAGCAACCAGGGCUAUGCUGAUUUCCCAGCUCAAGGAAGCACUUCAGGACCAAGAAUCAAAGCUGGACGUCAUUCGUGCUAGGUUACAAGCUGCUCGAGUCCAGAUUGAGCAAGCAGUCAGUCUGAGAAAUAGGUUGACAUCUUCCAUUGUUCCUGGCCCCUUGACCACCAUUACGAUGCCCUCGGCGGAUGCUGCCAAGGUUGUAGAACACAGCAUAGCUCCAGUUCAGCCAACCAGUACUCCACCUCAGCCUCAACUUACACAACCUGUGGUUUCUUUUGCGCUGAUGAAGACUACUGAUGAGGAUAGCAAGAAAGCCGCGGCUGCUGCUGUUGCUGCUAAGCUUGCUGCCUCUACAUCCUCAGCACAGAUGCUUACCUCUGUUCUUUCAUCUCUUGUUGCUGAGGAAGCUGCCUCCUUGAAUGGUGGCUUAAAAUCAACUGGAUUUACUACAGGCUUGACCAUGUUUUCCCCAGAAAAAAGACCAAAACUUGAUAAACCAAUGCCAGCGGAUGUUAACAAUGCUGAUAUGGGUAACUCGGCCUAUUUUACUCCUUUGCAACAGCAAUCAGGGACAACUAUGCCUCUUGUGCCACCAUCUUCAAGUUUGCAAUCGAUGUCUCAAUCAAACCAGAUACAGACUUCAUUUGGUGCUUUGCCACCAUUGCCGCCGCCACCACCUAUGUCUCCAGCUAACCCAGCAACAAAUCAAUAUGUCCAGUCUACUGGCAUGAUGGUUGGUGUGCUGCCAUAUGGAUAUGGAGCUAAUUCACUACCACCUCCACCAUCAUUACCGCCACAUAUUGCAAUGGGAUUGGCAAGGCCUGCUGCUCAGCAACCACAGCAGUCACAACCUCAGCAACCACAGCAGCAGCAGCAAACACCAGGAACAGGAGGAUAUUACAGGCCACCAGGUAUUGGAUUCUAUGGGCAAAACCAUCAACCAGCAACACCUCCUGUACCUCGGCAGUGAGUGUCUCCCUUUCAGAGUUAGUAGAUGGAAAGGCUUCCGAAGUGGAGAUUGGUUUUAUGGUUGAAGCCAUAAAUAAACACCGAAAACUUUAGCUGUUAAUGCCUCUUGGAAAAUCAUUGAGGCUGGAAGGUCCACUCUGAGCUUUGUGUUAUUUUGUAUAUUAAUAGAAAAGUAGGUGCAUCUUCUAGACUUCCUUGGGAUGCCCUUCUUCCUCCUAGUCAAAUGUUUGAUCUAUUGAACAUGAAAUUUUCAUAGAUAGCUGUAUCUUAAUCUAACUGUUCAUGUACCAGUAGCAAUACAUCAUGCACACUGCAUACUUAUAUGGAAGCCUUACAAUGGAUUCUGUAGUUUCCUAUGAAUUUGCAUGUGGUGGGUCUUUAAUUGUA